AGUCCCAGUCCAUUGCAGACAGUCGUUCAGUAAAAACGUCGCGUUUUUCGCCACACUUUUUAUUUUCGCCCAACGAAUUGCAUGCUUAAUGCAGAUAUGCAGCCGCAAUGUAAUUAAAAAUAAAGAAGGAACACGGAAUGUGCGAUAUCCGCGGGUUUUACUUAAUAGCGUAAAAAAUCAAUUGGUGAUUAUAGGGUUAUCUCAACGAGCUUCGGUUCGGACCAGAACACGUGGUAGUUUCAGUCGGAAGACUUAUAGAAGUGGUUAUUGUACUACCGUGGACGCCGCGCACACAGCCUUAAAAUGGGAUGGGACUGGGCAGUCGGAGGUAUAUCCGAUGAGAUUCCGAGGACGACGGGGCCAGAAUGCAUCAACUACAUGACAGAUCGACGUCGGUGGGUAGAGACGGUACUGCUGUCCGCCCUCUUUAUAUUUAUAAUGCACCGCUCUUGGCAACGCCUAGCGCCGAUUAAACUUCCACUGCCCCACGAGAUACAGAAGCCACUCAGUCCCACGCGACUGUUUCUUCUUAUAUCCUUGUCAAUGAUUUUUGGCAUUGAGAUGGGCUUCAAACUCUCCGGGCAGUCAAUGAUUUUCGCCUUGAAUCCAUGUCAUGUACAGUCCUGUCUGCAGAUCUAUCUUCUGGCCGCCAAGCCGACGAAGACGACAACAGCGCUCUUUCGUAUACAGAUGAGCAAUCUCAACGGUCCUUUUCUGGCCUUUCUUUUCCCAGAGGUGGAGGGCCGCACAUAUCCCUUCGAGCAGGCCACCUAUUGGAUCCAGCAUGCACUGCUAUAUAUAAUACCUAUUUACAUUAUUCGAAGCGGAGCGUACACUGUCGAGGACCUCAGUGAAUUCCACUGGUCUCAUAUAGGUACCGCCUUCAUGCUGUUUUAUCACUUCGUCCUGCUCUCCCCGCUUUCAAUUUUCACUGGUAUCAAUCUGGACCACAUGCUCUGUGCGGCGAUGUCAGAUCCGUUCCAGGGCCCGAAUUACCGAAUAUUUGCUUGUUGCCACCAAGCACUGCUUUGCCCUCUGCUGAGUAAGGGCACGGUGGUGCUGUUCGGUCGACGGAGUUGGAGCAAUAGCGGCCUUAACGUAUCGGGAAGUAUGCCGGAGACAAAGAGCGAGGUCGUCCAGUAUCACAAAAUAACUCCGGCUGACUAUGCCAUGCAGGAGGAGACGAUCUUGCGGCACAGAUUUAGCAACCAGGAGGCGGUGGACGAUGGACAUCUGCAUGACACGGUUGAAAUGGCGUCCCUUACAUCGGAGUAUACCAUGCCUACAACCAAGAUCGACUAGUACAUACUACGUCUAUUAUGCCUGUCAAUUUACGAGUCACUAAGGCUGCGAUCAAUGUGUUGCAGAUAGCCGUUUAUACUUAAAUAGAAAGGAUUUGUGUGAGAUCUAAGAAAGCAGAAUGUAUUUAACAAAGAUGUGUAGAUAAAAACAAAUAAGGCUAAUUUUCAUGCUCAUUGAGGUUAUACUUCGAAACAAAACAAAUAAUUCUUACUUUGAAGAAAAAUCAAAAGUUACACCACUUCAAAGAAUAAUAAUAGUGUACGUGUCUUAAAUUGUAAGCCGAUAGCGAGAAACAGAUAAAUUUAAAAAUUAAAUUGAGCGCCAAGGAA